AGCGGAUUGCGGGUCCACUCGCCACCGACGGGCCCCGAGAGGCAGUGAGAAGAAGCCGCUUUGCUCGGAGCCGCCGCCCUGCCCUUGGAUUCGGGAUCAUGUCUAUUCACAUCGUGGCGCUGGGGAACGAGGGCGACGCGUUUCAUCAGGACAAUCGGCCGUCGGGGCUGAUCCGCACCUACCUGGGGAGAAGCCCUCUGGUCUCCGGGGACGAAAGCAGCUUGUUGCUGAACGCCACCAGCACGGUGGCGCGGCCGGUGUUCACCGAGUAUCAGGCCAGCGCGUUUGGGAACGUCAAGCUGGUUGUCCACGACUGCCCUGUCUGGGAUAUUUUUGACAGCGAUUGGUACACCUCUCGGAAUCUGAUUGGAAGUGCUGACAUCAUCGUGAUAAAAUACAAUGUAAAUGACAAGUUCUCAUUCCAUGAAGUCAAGGAUAAUUAUAUUCCUGUGAUGAAGAGAGCAUUGAAUUCUGUGCCAGUGAUCAUUGCUGCUGUCGGUACCAGACAAAAUGAAGAAUUACCUUGCACAUGCCCACUCUGUACCUCCGACCGAGGGAGCUGCGUCAGUACCACCGAGGGGAUCCAACUCGCCAAAGAGCUCGGGGCCACCUAUCUUGAGCUCCACAGCCUCGAUGACUUCUAUAUAGGAAAAUAUUUUGGAGGAGUGGUAAGUGGAAAACUUUGCUACAUAAAGCAAUUUCUGAGGUUGACUAAAGAUGGGCUUAUGAGCAAAGAGUUCGUGGUGGCCAGGAUAGAGGUUAUGCGUGGGCUCAGCAACAUGCCCUUCAACGCACUAAGGCUGACUUCACGACAGCCACUAUUGAGUGCCAAGCGGAGGAGCAGAGAGAAGAUGCCCGUCCUGAAGGCUGAAGCGUCACACUAUAACGCCGACUUAAAUAACCUGCUCUUCUGCUGCCAGUGCGUCGACGUGGUGUUUUACAGCCCUGACUUGAGGGAAGUCGUGGAGGCCCACAAGAUCGUUCUGUGCGCUGUGAGCCACGUGUUCAUGCUGCUUUUCAAUGUGAAGAGCCCCAGUGACAUCCAGGACUCCAGUAUUGUCCGGACUGCGCAGGAUCUCUUUGCUGUCAACAGAGAGCCUGCAUUUCCAGGUGCCAGCCAGGAGUCCUCCGGCAACCCGCCCGUGCGCGUCAUUGUGAAGGACGCCCUCUUCUGCUCCUGCUUGUCCGACAUCCUGCGCUUCAUUUAUUCAGGUGCUUUUCAAUGGGAAGAAUUGGAAGAAGAUAUCAGAAAGAAGUUGAAAGAUUGUGGAGAUGUUUCAGAUGUAAUUGAGAAAGUUAAAUGUAUUUUAAAAACACCGGGCAAGAUUAACUGCCUGAGGAAUUGCAAGACCUAUCAAGCCAGAAAACCUCUUUGGUUCUAUAACACUUCCCUCAAGUUUUUCCUUAAUAAGCCAAUGCUUGCGGAUGUUGUCUUUGAAAUACAAGGUGCAACAGUACCAGCCCACAGGGCCAUCCUGGUGGCCCGUUGUGAAGUGAUGGCAGCCAUGUUUAAUGGUAAUUACAUGGAAGCAAAGAGUGUUUUGAUUCCAGUUUACGGUGUUUCCAAAGAGACUUUCCUCUCAUUUUUAGAGUACCUGUACACCGAUUCCUGUUGCCCAGUCGGUAUUUUCCAGGCCAUGUGUCUCCUGAUCUGUGCUGAGAUGUACCAAGUGUCCAGGCUGCAGCACAUCUGUGAGCUCUUCAUUAUCACACAGCUACAGAGCAUGCCGACACACAGGGACACAUUGCACGAGGCGUUUCACCACUCGGACUGCCUUUCUACCUGGCUGCUUCACUUCAUUGCCACUAACUACCUCAUCUUCAGUCAAAAGCCCGAGUUUCAGGAUCUUUCAGUGGAAGAACGCAGCUUUGUUGAGAAGCACAGAUGGCCUUCAAACCUGUACUUGAAGCAGCUUGCGGAAUACAGGAAGUACAUCCACUCCCGGAAAUGCCGCUGCUUGGUCAUGUGAGCUGGAGCCUUUGCAGACUUACACUUCCUUUUCAAAUCAUGAGGAUGAAGAAUGGGAUGAGAUGGGGUCCCAGGUAAAACGCCCAUGACAGAUAACGACAUGGGUGUUUAAAAAAAUCACCAUUCAGCUUCGUGUGACCAUCCGUUCUCUUUGAACGCUCUAGUAUGGGCUUAAAGGGGAACAAGGUAAACUGUAGGCUAAGACUUUAACCCAGUGUAGACAGCUGUGGUUAGCCACUUUUUCCCUUUAAGAGACCCUCUUGCUUCAGUGACUUAAGGCCGCCGAGUUAGGAAAAGUUUAAAUUAAAACAAAUUUUUAAAACCCCACUUAGGAUUAAUACACGAAUUUCAUCAUGUCUAAUUGCUCUAUUAAAGUAAGAGGCAUUGAAAGAUCCAGUAUGGCUAGUUGUAUAUUCUUCCAGGGAAGAAUGACCAGUCUAACUGGAGAUUUUUGGAAUAGAAAUUUACCAGGGAUUCUGGCAGUGAAAUACCAUUUUGUUCCAAAUCAGUGACUGAGCCAUCAUGACAAAAAUAGAAAGUCAUUUUUCAUAUGAACAAGGCAGCUGAGCCACCUUGUCUCCCCGGGACUUGGAUUAGGCAGCUGGGAGGCCACAGGGGCUCCGUGCCUAGUAGGGCUUCGAGUUUGGGUCAGUGCUCGGCGGCCACCGUUGUGAAACUCUGACUGAUGCUUGAACAGGAGCCUGCAUGCUCGCUGUGCAGUGGGCCGCCCAAAUUCCGUCUCUUUCCUGGGAAGAAGGAGCAUGUUUUUGUGCUCAAACAUCAUUCCCUCUGGAAACAGAAGAGGUUGCUGCUAUCCCAGGGAAGGGAUGCCUGGGGAGGGAAGGGAAUGCAGUCGGCUUCCUUCCUCUGGGGAAGUCUCUAUGAACUACGCUUCCACUGGGGAGUGAGAAACACAUUAACUCCUGGCUUCGCUUUAAAAUACUCACAGGUCUGGCUCUAGUUCUUUUUGUAAGAUCCGCAUAUUAUGAGAGUGAUUGACCAGUGUGGCCUUUAUACACAUUUGAAAAGAUACUCAUUUAAAAAAAAAAAAAGAUGCUUUUUAGAGAAUUUGCCAUGUAAGCUCCAGGCUUUCCUGUUUUAAUGUACUUACUGCAAUUAGAGUGUCAGUGGCUUGAUGUAUUUGAAUUCUUUCUAAGGACUCUGAACUUGGCAGUUUAAGAGUAGUGCAAAUCUUGUCCUUUUAACCUAGUGAGUUCGGGGAGGUGGGGGGGACCCAAAGGAACCCUAGAGACACUGGCACUGUUGGGUAAGUGUUGGACUGCUGACCACCAGGUCGGCAGUUCAAACCCACCAUCCACUCCACAGGGAAAGU